AUGGUCAGCCAGCUAAUUUGGCAGCGAGCUGCCGUUUCACGGAGGCUGGCCGCGCGCCUGUCUCCGCAACGACUCGCCCGUGGCCUGGCUACCGAGGCGUCCUCGUCGCGAAUGCCCCCUUACCCGAAGAUCGUCCAGAACCUCGAGCAGGUUCGCAAGGUCUUGGCCUCCGACCGGGCUCUGACCCUGGCUGAAAAGAUCCUCUACGCCCAUCUGGCCAACCCCGAGGAAUCGCUGCUCACCGGCACCAACAAUGGCCGCGAUAUUCGAGGAAGGGCAAACCUUAAGCUCAAACCGGACCGUGUGGCUAUGCAGGAUGCCUCCGCCCAGAUGGCUUUGCUUCAAUUCAUGUCUUGCGGUCUGCCUUCAACGGCCGUCCCUGCUAGUAUCCACUGUGACCACAUGAUUGUUGGUGAACGCGGCGCGGAUGUCGAUCUGCCUGCUUCGAUUCAGGGUAACAGCGAGGUGUUCGACUUCUUGGAGAGUGCUGCUAAGCGCUAUGGAAUUGAGUUCUGGCCUCCAGGAGCUGGUAUCAUCCACCAGAGCGUUUUGGAAAAUUACGCUGCGCCUGGUCUGAUGAUGCUAGGUACCGACAGCCACACCCCUAACGCAGGUGGGUUGGGCGCCAUUGCCAUUGGUGUUGGUGGUGCCGAUGCUGUCGAUGCCCUUGUCGACGCACCAUGGGAGCUGAAGGCCCCUAAGAUUCUUGGAGUGCGUCUUGAGGGCCAGCUCAGUGGCUGGGCUUCCCCCAAGGAUAUUAUCAUGUAUCUGGCUGGAAAGCUCACCGUUCGCGGCGGCACUGGCUUCGUGAUCGAGUACCAUGGUCCUGGUGUUGAGACCCUGAGCUGCACCGGUAUGGCUACCUGCUGUAACAUGGGUGCGGAGGUGGGAGCUACUACCUCCCUUUUCCCCUUUUCGCCCAGCAUGGUGCCCUACCUGGAGGCUACUCACCGUGGUCAUGUGGCUAAGGCUGCGGCAGAGAUCGCUGCCUCUGGUCCUAAGAACUUACUUCGUGCUGAUGCCGAGGCUGAGUACGACCAGCUGAUCAUUAUCAACCUUUCCGAGUUGGAGCCACACAUCAACGGACCCUUCACUCCCGACCUGUCGGUUCCCCUGUCCAAGUUCGCCGAUACGGUGCGUGAGAAGAACUGGCCCGAGACUUUCGGUGCUGGCUUGAUUGGUAGCUGCACCAACUCAUCCUACGAAGAUAUGACUCGCGCAGAACACUUGGUCAAGCAGGCCAGCGCAGCUGGUCUCAAGCCCAAGGCUGACUUCUUCAUCACUCCCGGUAGUGAGCAAAUUCGCGCCACCCUCGACCGUGACCAGACCCUCUCCACCUUCUCAGAGGCUGGUGGUACCGUCCUGGCUAACGCCUGUGGUCCUUGCAUUGGCCAGUGGAAACGUACCGACGGCGUGCCCAAGGGCGAGGACAACGCCAUUUUCACCUCUUACAACCGUAACUUCCCCGGUCGUAACGAUGGAAACCGCAAGACCAUGAACUUCCUUGCCUCACCUGAACUAGUGACUGCGCUCGCUUACUCUGGAAGUACCACCUUCAACCCUAUGACUGACUCUCUGACCACCCCAAGCGGCGAGCCCUUCAAAUUCGAAGCUCCUCAGGGCUUCGAUCUUCCCAGUGCCGGCUUCGAGGAGGGCAACCCCAAGUUCCUGCCUACCGCCGCUGUCCCGGACCCUAGCGUCGAAGUCAUCGUCUCGCCAACCUCGGACCGUCUCGCUCUGCUCGAGCCCUUCGCCCCCUUCCCCGAGUCCGACCUCUCCGGCCUCCAGGUCCUCUAUAAGGUUAAGGGGCAGUGCACAACGGACACUAUCUCCGCUGCUGGUCCCUGGCUCAAGUACAAGGGUCAUUUGCCCAACAUCUCUGCCAAUACCCUGAUCGGCGCCGUCAACGCCGCCACGGGCGAGACCAACGUCGCCUACGACGAGAGCGGCGCCCAACACUCCAUUCCCGAGCUCGCUGAGCAGUGGAAGAGCCGCGGUAUCGAGUGGCUCGUCAUUGCCGAAGACAACUAUGGCGAGGGCUCCGCUCGCGAGCAUGCUGCCCUGCAGCCCCGUUACCUCGGUGGCCGUGUCAUCGUCGCUAAGAGCUUCGCCCGUAUCCACGAAACCAACCUCAAGAAGCAGGGUGUUGUCCCUCUUACUUUCGCCAACCGCGAGGAUUACGACCGCAUUGAUGCCUGUGACCGUGUCGACACUGUCGGCCUCUACGAUACUCUCAAGGCUGGCGGCCAGGGUGAGGUCCAGCUCCGCGUAACUAAGGCCAAGACCGGCGAGUCUUUCCUCGUCCCUACCCAGCACACCCUGAGCAAGGACCAGAGUGCUUUCGUGCUGGCUGGUAGUGCCCUAAACCUCCUGGCUAAGCAGGCCAAUGCUCAAUAG